AUGUGCUUACCUAGUGCAUUGUUUAGAUCAUAUCACUUAGAGGUAAUUGAUAUAGAAAGUUGGGGCGGCAGCUUUGGUUCAACAAGUCAAAUGAGCAAUCUCGUAAACUUGCGUCAUUUUUUCGUGCCGAAACAUAGACUUGAACUUCACUCUAGCAUAUGUGAGGUUGGGAAACUUAAAUUCCUAGAGGAACUGAGGAGAUUUGAAGUGGGAAAAGAAACCAAGGGUUUUGAACUAAGUCAACUAGGAGAACUGACAGAGCUUGGAGGAUCACUUGGCAUUUAUAAUCUCGAAAAGGUGCAGAAAAAAGAUGAGGCAAAUGAACUAAAACUGGUACACAGAAACCACUUGCACAAGUUAAUACUGGAUUGGUUUAUUGAUAGACCUAACAAGAAUGCAGAACAAGAAGAGAAUGUCAUCGAAAGUCUCGUACCACACAGUAAUCUGCGAGACCUAUGCAUUAGAGGACAUGGAGGUGCUAAUUGCCCAUCAUGGUUGGGCAGGUACCUCUCGGUUGAAAAUUUAGAAUCUCUUUCCCUAUGUGACGUAUCUUGGAGCACACUUCCCCCUCUAGGGAAGUUGGGGUUCGUUGAUGCUCCUGGUGAAGACUGGCACGGUCAUGUCUCAAGCCAAAGUUUCCAUAUUUUGAAAAGACUAGAAAUAAUUAACAUACCAAAACUACAAAAAUGGGCUGGAAAUGAACCUUGUCAUUUGUUCUCUGUUCUAGAGGUGGUCAUCAUUAUAGAUUGCCCUGAACUCGUGGAAUUGCCAUUUUCACACCCUACUAGCCAUCGAGCAAAGCACGAUGAGAAUAUGUCCUGGUUUCCUAAACUACGGGAGCUCAAGGUUAUACGCUGCCUCAAAUUGGCGUCAUUGCCUCCAAUCCCUUGGACUCAAGCUCCGUGCUCUGCUGAGAUAAGAAAAGCAGGAUCAGUAUUUGGGAGGCUUGUUUACUCGAAGAACUACAAAUCCGAAUUAAGUUUGGAAAUUGAGGGAAAAGAUGGUCAGCAUGGCGUGUUCUGGAACGGGUUGGCUUUCCAUAAUCUAGCUGACCUUAAAGAGCUGAAGGUGAGGAACUGCCCUCCCCUGCCACUGAUUCACCUCCAAAAGCUAAAAUCUCUGAAGUCCCUCGGGAUAACCGGCAUGAACAACUCGUUGCUGCUGUUUGAAGGUGAAAGCUAUAAUACUGAAUGCCUGCUUCCAGUUGAACGCAUAGAGAUCGAGCACUGUGGUGCUGAUGGGAAGAAACUGACACAAGUGUUAUCUCAUUUCCCGAAGCUGACCGAGUUGGAAGUGAGAAGGUGUGACAAGAUAACAGAGCUUGGCGUGGCGGUGCUUCUUCAGACGGAGAUGACGACACCAUCAUCUUCAGGUAAUGAAAUUGAAACUGAGCAUGCACAAGCUGAACAGCAUCAGACAAAAGGAGAAGAGGUAGAAGAUGCAGCAGCAGGAGGAGGAGGUCUGCUGCUCCUGCCUCGGCAACUACAGGAGUUGCGCAUCUCUGGUUGCAGAGGGCCGCGGUUACUCUCCGAUUCACUUGGCAAGGACAGCACACACGGAGGAGGGCUCCAGAGUCUUUGCUCCCUCCAAUUGUUCGGCAUACUUGAUUGCCCCAGGUUCCUCUCGUCCUAUUCGUCCUCCGCCUCAUCUUGUUUCCCCUUCCCGACCUCCCUGCAACAACUCGCGCUGUGGGGCGUGGAGGGCAUGGAGACGCUGGUUCCCCUCUCAAAUCUCUUCUCUCUCACCGAUUUAACCGUGCAUAACUGUGGGGAUCUAAGAGGCGACGGCUUAUGGCCUCUCGUCACCCAGGGGCGCCUCACACAAUUACGCAUCUCUGGAACCCCAAAAUUCUUCACUGGUUCUGAGCCCUCACGGCCACAUGACCAAGAGAUUCCUUCCUCUUCAUCCAAACUAGAAUUUCUCUUGACGGAUGACUUGACGGGAGUCCUUACCGUGCCCAUCUGCAGACUCCUCUCUUCCUCCCUCACCCAAUUAAUCUUUUGGGAUAACAAAGAGAUGGAGCGCUUCGCAGAGGAGCAAGAGGAGGCCCUUUACCUCCACGGUUCCCUCCAGAAACUUGUGUUUUCUCACUGCACGAAGCUGCAGCGCCUCCCUGCGGGGCUAACCAAACUUGCCAGCCUCAACAUAUUACGGAUCUGGUCGUGUCCAGCCAUCCAAUUGCUGCCCAAGGACGGACUGCCAACUUCUCUGCAAGAAUUAGAGAUCAGUAACUGUCCUGCCAUCAAAUCUCUGCCCAAGAACGGCCUGCCAAGUUCACUACGAAAAUUAGAGGUUCCUUAUGGCAUCAGCGAGGAGCUUAAAAGGCAGUGCCGCAAGUUAAAAGGAACCAUUCCAAUAAUCAAAGACUACGAUGACUAAUCCAAGAGGUCUUCUUGGGCUUGUAUAUUCUUCUAGCCUAGCCUUGUUUGUAGAUCCAGUUCUCUCUCUGCCCAAGAACAGAAGGUCCCAGAAUAUAGAACGCAUCCAUUACUAAACUGGCCUCUGGCAUGGAAUUCAGGAGUUGCAAAGGUUCUUCUAUCCUUGAAGAAGUUUUUGCAUACACGCACAGUUUGGACGCCAUGGCCUAGGGUGGUAUCUCCUACAUAAAUAUGGGAUCUGUCUUGGACUUGUACAUUCUUAUGGACUUGGAGAACCUUCUUCUUCUUGUCACAAAAACAGAAAAAAAAAAAGGAAAGGGAAAAGAGGAAAAAAAUUAAAAAGAAAAGAAAAAUGAAAAAUGAAAAAGAAAAAAGAAAAGACAAAAGGAAAAAAAAAAGAGAAAAAGGAAAAAUGGGAAAAGGAAAGAAAGAAAGAAAAAAAUUCAAAAAAGAGAGAGUAAAGCUCUCCAUUCGUUCGCUGUUUGCACAUGUUGUAGUCUUGUGACUUUAUGAAAGGUGUUUGUGCUGUUGUUUUAUGUUCUUUCAGUAAAAGGUUAGAAAUAAUUGUGUAGGUGUGUUUCCCUGAUAGUUGUGUUACAUAUUUGGAAAUCAACAUGGCAGACGUAUCUCCCAGCAAAAGAAUAUAGGAAAACAAAAAAUAAAUAAGGGAAAGAAUAUAAAUCCAUUAUGUGAGUUUUGUGUGACAUCUUUAUGAAAGGUGGUUGUAUGAUUCUUUUUUUAGGACAAGAGAGAAAUAUUAACUGACUAGGAUUAGUUUCCUGAUAGUUGUGUCACUAAUUUAGAGAGGGAGGAGUACAGGGGCAGGUCUGAAGGUAUACCUCCCCCUUGUGCUGGAUUAAAAAUUUAGACUAGGAGAAAUACAGGAGCACGUCUGAAGGUAUAGCUCUGCUUUGUGAUGGAUUAUUGAAGUGUGAACCCUGCACCCUGCACUGUGGUAUAGUGGGGUUAAUACAGAUCAUUCUCCUAGGAAGAGAAGUGUUGGCCCAAGCUUUGUUUGGUUCAAGCAGACUUUUGCCACUGCAACAGCCACACGAAAAUGUACUACGUGGAUGCAGGGUCAUUGUUCCAAGCACUUCUGUUCUGAUGCCAGAAUUAUUCUUGAUCUCUGCAGUGAACCAAACUCUUCUUCACCGUAGAGUAGUUGACUCAUCAAUGAGGAACUGUUGCGAUGAAUAUCCAAUUAGGCCAAUCCCAUUCACUUUCACACGAUGUAACAUGGAAGGUACUGGCAAAGUGGCAAUAUGAUUGGUGUUUUCUUCACAAAGGAAAAUGAUGUCCAUCUGGCUUCAAUGUCACAGUUACUCUGGAAGUCUAAUUCUUCUGUGUUCUUGCAGCACACACAAAAAGGAAAAAAGAAAAAGAAAAAGGAAAAAAUAAAAAAGGAAGAAAAGGAAAAAGAAAAAGAAAAAGGAAGUAAGGAAGAAAAUUAUAGAAGAAAACUCUCCAUCGACCCACAGUUUGCACACUGGGCAGAGAAAUGCAGAAGUUGAAGCGGAUUGGCAACUGCCCCCUCCCUACUCCACCGACCCCAGAUGGAAUCACCAUGCCAUGGUGGAGUGAGGUCGGGAGGCGAUAGUGAUGAGCAAUGUGACGACGGAGGGCAUGUGACAAAUAGCGAUGAUGCUGGCUACUUCUCAUGGAGGACACACAGGGGCUUUGGAGGAGCAUAAUGGCAGCCCUAGUUUGAUUGGGGCAUAUUCUCUCUUUUUGGAUAUGCCAUGCUUGAAGAAGUUGCUGCCAUCGCAACUUGUAUCUCCUAUCCUUUACUAGACUGGCCUCUCCCAACUUGUAAACUCUUCAAUACUUGAAGAACUCUCAGCAUUCACCCACUGCGCGGGCGCCAUGGCCUUGGUGGUAUCUCCUCCUUGUACAUAAAUACAGUAUGUAUAUGGAUCUGGAGUUGUACACUAUCAUAGCCUGGGAGAACUCUCUCCAUUCUUCUCACAGAAAAAAGGAAAAAAUGUGAAAAGAAGGAAAGAAAGAAAAAGGGAAAAAAGAACAAAAAAUGUGGGGAAAAAGAAAGAAAGAGAAAGGGAAAAUGUGAAAAAAAGAAAGAAAGAAAAGAAAAAAAAUGUGAAAAAAGAACAAAAGA